AUGAUGCAAGUGGUGGAAUACGCCGAAAGUUUGGAGGUCUCAACGCUAGAUCACAAGCGCCGUCGCAUCGCCGAGGAGGAUGCCGUUAUUCAGAGUUUGCAAUCAAAACUUAAGCGUUUGCGAGAAAAAUGUGAUGCUAGGGUAUCUGGUGGUUCCUCUGCUAUUCUUGAACACACACUGCUUCAGUGGGCGAAAAGGCGAUUGCGCGCCAUCGAAAGGAAGCAAUGGCUCCAUGUAAGUGGCCUAAGUGUUGUGUCAGAGUCGUCAAGACUGGUCUGCGACUCUGUUGUGACAAUAAUACGGAACUCUGAUAUUGCCAGGGACUGGAAGAUGGUGCAGCGUACCAUCUCAAGCAACUCCUUUGUUGACACACUCUGUCACCUUGACAAUAGACCUAUAGGGGAGGAUCUGUAUAAAUCAAUUUUGGACCGAUACGUUGCACACCCCUUGUUUUCUUUUGAGAGUUGCACACGGGAGUCUCGUGCUGUGGGUGCUUUGCAAAAAUGGGUUACCGCUUACCUUGAUUAUCAGAGGGCCCAGUUUUUUUCGACGGAUAACGCCGAAAUGAAACAACAAAUAGAUGCCUGCGUUAACGGAAUCAGAAAGGCGCAGAUGCGACGUCAAGAGUUGAAAAGCGAUGUUCAGCUGAUAUUGUCGGGUCGGCUUUUGCGGAGGACAGAAACGGUUCAAAAUAUAUCUUCUUCAUGCUUGCAGGUCAUUGAGGGCAUUUUUUCUGACAAGCAAGUUUCAUUGGCCCGACCCAAAAGGAACGGGGAUGUCCUUUCUUGUGGUGAUGAUAAUAGUGAUACGACACCCUCACAGAGAUGGAAUGUUUCGCAUAGUCAGUUGAUUUCACUUGAUGGAACGUUAACGAGUGACCCGGAUGAAGAAGUUGCCGCUCUUAGUAGGCGUUGUGAACAGCUCCAGAGAGAGCUUAAGGAGUGUAAAAUUGAAAAUAAUUUGCUUCAAGAAGAAGUUGGUAAACUGAACGUUCAGACGGCAAUCAUCAAGAAGGGUCGGUUUGAAUUUGAACAUUUAGAGGCUAAAGUGGCUUCGCUCCAGGAAGAAAAGACGCGUUUGUUGCAAGAAGUCUCGGAUGCAAACCGUAAUGGAAAGUCUGUUGGUGCGCAACGAUACGAGCAAAAAUUAAAAGACGAACAGAUGUUGAUGGAUGUGCUGCACCUCUUCAAGAAUCUUGAAGGAGAGCAUCAGUUGCUCAUUGGGGAUUAUGAGGCACUCUCAACUCUUCAUGCAAAGGUGACGGAAUGUAUGCAAGCACAGACUAAAGAGUUAGAGGAAGCCAGGGGAGAAGUGGAUAUCCUACGUAAGUAUCUUUCGAUGGCUCGACGCGAGAUGUUAUUGGCGAAGUCUGUGGUUUUUCUCCUUCGCCAGGGCAGUGACGGUUCAAUUGGGCGUAGUGAGGGCCAACCAAAAAACGAUUCAGAAUGCUGA